UACACAGACUACAACAAGCACAGGACCAAUGACAGUAGAAACAACUUCAUCUACAGCUACUUCACCUCCAACCAGUACAAUUCAGGAACCUACAACCACAACAGUACCGACAGCAACAACUGAACUGACCACUAGCACUCUAUCCACAACAGAAGCUACAUCAAGCACACAGCCAACAACUGAACAAAUAACUGAAACUACAACAACUGUAGCCUCAACCACUACAACUCAGGAACAAACAACAACAGUGAAAACAACCACAGCUACAAGUAUACCAUCAACCACAACAGAAAUCACCAGUGCUAUAAUGUCCACAACACAGGCUUCAAACACAGAUGAAACAACUGCAUCAACAACAACUGUAGCCCCAAGCACUACACACCAGGAAUCAAGAACUACCAAGGAAACAACCACAGCUACAACUGUACUGACAACAGCACAAACAGAACUAUCAACUACACAGGUUACAACUAGCACAGGACCAACAACAGUAGAAACAACUCCAUCUACAACUGCUCCAUUUCCAACCACUACAACUGAGGAAGGAACAACUACAGAGGAAACAACCACAGAUACUACUACAAUUUUAACUACAGCAGCAACAACAGAAUUUACCACUUCCACAGUAUCAACUACACAGGCUACAACAAGCACAGGACCAACAACAGUAGAAACAACUCCAUCUACAACUACUCCAGUUCCAACCACUGCAAUUGAGAAAGCAACAAUUACAGAGGAAACAUCUACAACUUUAACUACAGCAGCAACAACAGAAUUUACCACUUCCACACUAUCAACUACACAGGCUAGAACAAGCACGGAACCCUCGAUAGUAGAACCAAGUGCAUCUACAACAACUGUAGCCCCAACCACUACAACUCAGGAACAAACAACAACAGUGAAAACAACCAGAGCUAUAAGUAUACCAUCACCUACAACAGAACUGACCAGUACUAUAGUGUCCACAACAAUUGCAUCUACAGCUACUUCAGCUGCAACCACUACACCUGAGGAAGCAACAACUACAGAGGAAACAAGCUCAGAUACUGCUACAACUUUAACUACAGCAUCAACAACAGAAUUUAUGAUUUCCACAGUAUCAAGUACAAAGGCUUCAACAAGCACAGGACCAACAACACUAGAAACAUUUGCAUCUACUACUGCUCUAGCUCCAACCACAACAACUGAGGAUGCAACAACUACAGAGGAAACAACCACAGCUGCAACUACAACUUUAACUACAGCAGCAACAUCAGAAUUUACCACUUUUACAGUAUCAACUACACAGGCUACAACAAGCACAGGACCAAGGACAGUAGAACCAACUGCAUUUACAAUUGUUACAGCUCCACCCACUACAAUUGAGGAAGCAACAACUAGGGAGGAAACAACCACAGCUACAAGUAUAACAUUAAAUACAUCACCUACAGCAGAACUGACCAAUACUAUAGUCUCCACAAUACAGGCUGCAACAACAGAUGAAACAACUGCAUCAACAACAAUGGUAGCCCCAUCCACUACAACUGAGGAACCAACAACUACAGAGGAAAUUUACACAGCUAAAACUGUUCUGUCUCCAGCACCAACAACAGAACUAACCACUACCACAGUAUCAACUACACAGUCUGCAACAAACACUGAUACAACUGCAUCUACUCCAACUCCAAUCUGUACACCUGAAGAACAAACAACUACUAAGCAAGCAACCACAGCUACAACUGUACCUUUAACUACAAUACAAGCAAUAGAACUGACCACUCCCACUAUGUCCACAACACAUGCAAUAAUCACAACUACACAGACUACAAAAAAACCCCAAAUAACAGCAGAAUUAACUACGUCUUUGACUAGUCCAGCACUAAGUAGUUCAGUUGACGUGUCAUCCAUUUCAGAGCAAACAUCAACCACAUAUUCAACUAUACCAUCAAUUGCAACAGAAGUGACAAAUAGCACUGUAAUAUUACCACAGGCAUCAACAGUGGUCACAAAACCAACAAGUGAAGCAACUACUCCAACAAAAAGUACAGUGUAUUUUACUAAAGCUGAAGAAUCAAGAUCUACAGAGCAAAGUCCACCUACAUCACCCAGAAUGUCACAACCAAUAAUGACAACUGUUACUGAGUUCACAACACUCUCUCCAAGUUCAACAGCUACAACUUCAGUAAUAUCUGGUUCAGCUGUAGUUCAGACCUGGAUGGUCUUCAAUUCCUCCUCUCCUGUUCCCAGUGAAAAUGUGGUUCUCAGCACAACCUACUCACUUCUCAGUGCUCAAUUCACAAACCUCUCUGACUCUGUAAAAGUGCUGAACUUCACCUAUAAGAAAAUUGCAGACACGUCCUAUGCAGUCAUCUUCACAUUUAGCAUCAGUAAUAUCAGCAUGUCUAAGAACAGUGACCUCAGGAACGACACCUACGACCAAGUGGAGACCAUCAUCAAUAAAGCUCUAAACACGCUUCUAAAUGAACCUGGUGCAGAAGCAUUUGAACCCCAGAGUUCUUUCUUCACGAGUUCAGGAAACCAGACUAAUGGUGAUAUGGAGUACUACUUCCAAGAUGAAGACACCAAAACACCAGCAGCCUUCCUGAAUGAGCUUAAAUCACAGAGCUUACCUAUAUCUGGUUCAGCUGUGGUUCAGACCAGGAUGGUCUUCAAUUCCUCCUCUCCUGUUCCCAGUGACAGUUUGGUCCUCAGUGCGAUCCAGACUCUUCUCAGUGCUCGACUCACGAACCUCUCUGACUCUGUAAAAGUGCUGAACUUCACCUACGAGAAAAUUGCAGACACGUCCUAUGCAGUCAACUUCACAUUGAGCAUUAGUAACGUCAGCAUGAGUUCAGGAAACCAGGUUAAUGGUGAUAUGGAUUACUACUUCCAAGAUGGAACCACCAAAACACCAGCAGCCUUCCAGAAUGAGCUAACACCUGUAUCUGGUUCAGCUGUGGUUCAGACCAGGAUGAUCUUCAAUUCCUCCUCUCCUGUUCCCAGUGAGAGUUUGGUCCUCAGUGCGAUCCAGACUCUUCUCAGUGCUCGACUCACAAACCUCUCUGACUCUGUAAAAGUGCUGAACUUCACCUACGAGAAAAUUUCAGACACGUCCUAUGCAGUCAACUUCACAUUGAGCAUCAGUAAUGUCAGCAUGUCUAAGAACCCUGACCUCAGGAACGACACCUACACCCAAGUGGAGAACAUCAUCAAUAACGCUCUAAACACACUUCUAAAUGAACCUGGUGCAGAACCAUUCGAACCCCAGAGCUCUUUCAUCACGAGUUCAGGAAACCAGGUUAAUGGUGAUAUGGAUUACUACUUCCAAGAUGGAACCACCAAAACACCAGCAGCCUUCCAGAAUGAGCUAACACCUGUAUCUGGUUCAGCUGUGGUUCAGACCAGGAUGAUCUUCAAUUCCUCCUCCCCUGUUCCCAGUGAGAGUUUGGUCCUCAGUGCGAUCCAGACUCUUCUCAGUGCUCGACUCACAAACCUCUCUGACUCUGUAAAAGUGCUGAACUUCACCUACGAGAAAAUUUCAGACACGUCCUAUGCAGUCAACUUCACAUUGAGCAUCAUUAAUGUCAGCAUGUCUAAGAUCCCUGACCUCAGGAACGACACCUACACACAAGUGGAGAACAUCAUCAAUAACGCUCUAAACACACUUCUAAAUGAACCUGGUGCAGAACCAUUCAAACCCCAGAGCUCUUUCAUCACGAGUUCAGGAAACCAGGUUAAUGGUGAUAUGGAUUACUACUUCCAAGAUGGAACCACCAAAACACCAGCAGCCUUCCAGAAUGAGCUAACACCUGUAUCUGGUUCAGCUGUGGUUCAGACCAGGAUGAUCUUCAAUUCCUCCUCUCCUGUUCCCAGUGAGAGUUUGGUCCUCAGUGCGAUCCAGACUCUUCUCAGUGCUCGACUCACAAACCUCUCUGACUCUGUAAAAGUGCUGAACUUCACCUACGAGAAAAUUUCAGACACGUCCUAUGCAGUCAACUUCACAUUGAGCAUCAGUAAUGUCAGCAUGUCUAAGAACCCUGACCUCAGGAACGACACCUACACCCAAGUGGAGAACAUCAUCAAUAACGCUCUAAACACACUUCUAAAUGAACCUGGUGCAGAACCAUUCGAACCCCAGAGCUCUUUCAUCACGAGUUCAGGAAACCAGGUUAAUGGUGAUAUGGAUUACUACUUCCAAGAUGGAACCACCAAAACACCAGCAGCCUUCCAGAAUGAGCUAACACCUGUAUCUGGUUCAGCUGUGGUUCAGACCAGGAUGAUCUUCAAUUCCUCCUCCCCUGUUCCCAGUGAGAGUUUGGUCCUCAGUGCGAUCCAGACUCUUCUCAGUGCUCGACUCACAAACCUCUCUGACUCUGUAAAAGUGCUGAACUUCACCUACGAGAAAAUUUCAGACACGUCCUAUGCAGUCAACUUCACAUUGAGCAUCAUUAAUGUCAGCAUGUCUAAGAUCCCUGACCUCAGGAACGACACCUACACACAAGUGGAGAACAUCAUCAAUAACGCUCUAAACACACUUCUAAAUGAACCUGGUGCAGAACCAUUGAAACCCCAGAGCUCUUUCAUCACGAGUUCAGGAAACCAGGUUAAUGGUGAUAUGGAUUACUACUUCCAAGAUGGAACCACCAAAACACCAGCAGCCUUCCAGAAUGAGCUAACACCUGUAUCUGGUUCAGCUGUGGUUCAGACCAGGAUGAUCUUCAAUUCCUCCUCUCCUGUUCCCAGUGAGAGUUUGGUCCUCAGUGCGAUCCAGACUCUUCUUAGUGCUCGACUCACAAACCUCUCUGACUCUGUAAAAGUGCUGAACUUCACCUACGAGAAAAUUUCAGACACGUCCUAUGCAGUCAACUUCACAUUGAGCAUCAGUAAUGUCAGCAUGUCUAAGAUCCCUGACCUCAGGAACGACACCUACACCCAAGUGGAGAACAUCAUCAAUAACGCUCUAAACACACUUCUAAAUGAACCUGGUGCAGAACCAUUCGAACCCCAGAGCUCUUUCAUCACGAGUUCAGGAAACCAGGUUAAUGGUGAUAUGGAUUACUACUUCCAAGAUGGAACCACCAAAACACCAGCAGCCUUCCAGAAUGAGCUAACACCUGUAUCUGGUUCAGCUGUGGUUCAGACCAGGAUGAUCUUCAAUUCCUCCUCUCCUGUUCCCAGUGAGAGUUUGGUCCUCAGUGCGAUCCAGACUCUUCUCAGUGCUCGACUCACAAACCUCUCUGACUCUGUAAAAGUGCUGAACUUCACCUACGAGAAAAUUUCAGACACGUCCUAUGCAGUCAACUUCACAUUCAGCAUCAGUAAUGUCAGCAUGUCUAAGAACCCUGACCUCAGGAACGACACCUACACCCAAGUGGAGAACAUCAUCAAUAACGCUCUAAACACACUUCUAAAUGAACCUGGUGCAGAACCAUUCAAACCCCAGAGCUCUUUCAUCACGAGUUCAGGAAACCAGGUUAAUGGUGAUAUGGAUUACUACUUCCAAGAUGGAACCACCAAAACACCAGCAGCCUUCCAGAAUGAGCUAACACCUGUAUCUGGUUCAGCUGUGGUUCAGACCAGGAUGAUCUUCAAUUCCUCCUCUCCUGUUCCCAGUGAGAGUUUGGUCCUCAGUGCGAUCCAGACUCUUCUCAGUGCUCGACUCACAAACCUCUCUGACUCUGUAAAAGUGCUGAACUUCACCUACGAGAAAAUUUCAGACACGUCCUAUGCAGUCAACUUCACAUUGAGCAUCAGUAAUGUCAGCAUGUCUAAGAUCCCUGACCUCAGGAACGACACCUACACCCAAGUGGAGAACAUCAUCAAUAACGCUCUAAACACACUUCUAAAUGAACCUGGUGCAGAACCAUUCGAACCCCAGAGCUCUUUCAUCACGAGUUCAGGAAACCAGGUUAAUGGUGAUAUGGAUUACUACUUCCAAGAUGGAACCACCAAAACACCAGCAGCCUUCCAGAAUGAGCUAACACCUGUAUCUGGUUCAGCUGUGGUUCAGACCAGGAUGAUCUUCAAUUCCUCCUCUCCUGUUCCCAGUGAGAGUUUGGUCCUCAGUGCGAUCCAGACUCUUCUCAGUGCUCGACUCACAAACCUCUCUGACUCUGUAAAAGUGCUGAACUUCACCUACGAGAAAAUUUCAGACACGUCCUAUGCAGUCAACUUCACAUUCAGCAUCAGUAAUGUCAGCAUGUCUAAGAACCCUGACCUCAGGAACGACACCUACACCCAAGUGGAGAACAUCAUCAAUAACGCUCUAAACACACUUCUAAAUGAACCUGGUGCAGAACCAUUCGAACCCCAGAGCUCUUUCAUCACGAGUUCAGGAAACCAGGUUAAUGGUGAUAUGGAUUACUACUUCCAAGAUGGAACCACCAAAACACCAGCAGCCUUCCAGAAUGAGCUAACACCUGUAUCUGGUUCAGCUGUGGUUCAGACCAGGAUGAUCUUCAAUUCCUCCUCUCCUGUUCCCAGUGAGAGUUUGGUCCUCAGUGCGAUCCAGACUCUUCUCAGUGCUCGACUCACAAACCUCUCUGACUCUGUAAAAGUGCUGAACUUCACCUACGAGAAAAUUUCAGACACGUCCUAUGCAGUCAACUUCACAUUCAGCAUCAGUAACGUCAGCAUGAGUUCAGGAAACCAGGUUAAUGGUGAUAUGGAUUACUACUUCCAAGAUGGAACCACCAAAACACCAGCAGCCUUCCAGAAUGAGCUAACACCUGUAUCUGGUUCAGCUGUGGUUCAGACCAGGAUGAUCUUCAAUUCCUCCUCUCCUGUUCCCAGUGAGAGUUUGGUCCUCAGUGCGAUCCAGACUCUUCUCAGUGCUCGACUCACAAACCUCUCUGACUCUGUAAAAGUGCUGAACUUCACCUACGAGAAAAUUUCAGACACGUCCUAUGCAGUCAACUUCACAUUGAGCAUCAUUAAUGUCAGCAUGUCUAAGAUCCCUGACCUCAGGAACGACACCUACACACAAGUGGAGAACAUCAUCAAUAACGCUCUAAACACACUUCUAAAUGAACCUGGUGCAGAACCAUUCGAACCCCAGAGCUCUUUCAUCACGAGUUCAGGAAACCAGGUUAAUGGUGAUAUGGAUUACUACUUCCAAGAUGGAACCACCAAAACACCAGCAGCCUUCCAGAAUGAGCUAACACCUGUAUCUGGUUCAGCUGUGGUUCAGACCAGGAUGAUCUUCAAUUCCUCCUCUCCUGUUCCCAGUGAGAGUUUGGUCCUCAGUGCGAUCCAGACUCUUCUCAGUGCUCGACUCACAAACCUCUCUGACUCUGUAAAAGUGCUGAACUUCACCUACGAGAAAAUUUCAGACACGUCCUAUGCAGUCAACUUCACAUUGAGCAUCAUUAAUGUCAGCAUGUCUAAGAUCCCUGACCUCAGGAACGACACCUACACACAAGUGGAGAACAUCAUCAAUAACGCUCUAAACACACUUCUAAAUGAACCUGGUGCAGAACCACUCAAACCCCAGAGCUCUUUCAUCACGAGUUCAGGAAACCAGGUUAAUGGUGAUAUGGAUUACUACUUCCAAGAUGGAACCACCAAAACACCAGCAGCCUUCCAGAAUGAGCUAACACCUGUAUCUGGUUCAGCUGUGGUUCAUACCAGGAUGAUCUUCAAUUCCUCCUCUCCUGUUCCCAGUGAGAGUUUGGUCCUCAGUGCGAUCCAGACUCUUCUCAGUGCUCGACUCACAAACCUCUCUGACUCUGUAAAAGUGCUGAACUUCACCUACGAGACUAAACACACUUCUAAAUGA